AUGGAGCCUUACGCUGAUGCGGGUUGUGUUUUAAAGGUUAAUGUCCAUUUUCAAGCAUGUAAAAUGAAGAUGAUGGAAGUCUUGAAUUCAAUCUGCGGGGUAUAUUCUGUCAUCAUAGAUGCCGAAGAAGGAACUGCAAGAGUUUCAGGGUUGGUCGACCCGAACAUACUUAUGCGGGCAUUGGCUAGGACCGGGUACCAUGCAGAGUUGAAAUGGGUCAAGCUGAAACACCCGGAAUUAAGUAGAUGUUACUUUGGUCAGUGCAAUUAUGGACAUGGAUACACCUAUGGAGCAAUUGAUGACCCGUACAAGUAUCCACGGACUUUACCAUAUUAUUACCCGAGAAGAUCCGUAUAUCCUUUCCACGGAUCAAGUUAUUAUCACCCGUCUCUAUCUCUGCCUAGCUAG